GCUCUGGGUUUAAAGGAUGAGAGAGCCCAGCGUCCAGCACCGAAUGAAGGCAGCUAUUGUGAUCUCCGGGGGCGGAGAAGGGAAGCUCAGUGCCAAAGGGUGUGGCCCAGCCAGAGGCUCUGGGAAAGAGCAGCCUUGCGUCCCUACAGUACCCUCGGCGACUGCGUCUGGGCGGGAGGGGAAAAGUCUGCAGAGUCCCGGGCUCCGCCCCCUCCCUCCUGCUCCGCCCUAGCUCUGGCUCCACGUGGUUUUCACCAAGCUCAGCGCAGACCGGGUGGUCGCAAGGCAGACCCGGAUUGCAGAGGGCGUGGCAGGGAGAACCGCAAGCCCCUAAGGGGGUCGGGUCUGUGACUUCUCCCCGGAAAAGAGGGAGGAACGCGCUCUGCGGGAAAAACUGGACUCCACAGGCUUCCGACGACAAGCCUGGGACGAAGAGUCCGGGAGUUCUCAAGGACAGGUGAACGGCCCCAGGAGAAGGACAGGCAGGGUCACCAUCUGGACCGCCAUGGCCGCGUCCGCCCGUCGUCUGUGCCACAUCGCUUUCCACGUGCCCGCGGGGCAGCCCCUUGCCCAAGAUCUGCAGCUUCUCUUCGGGUUCCAGCCCCUGGCGGUGCGGGAAGCAGACGGCUGGCGGCAGUUGGCCCUGCGCAGCGGCGACGCGGUCUUUUUGGUGAACGAGGGCGCUGGGCCCCAGGAGCCCCUGUACGGCCUGGACCCACGUCAUGCUGUGCCCAGCGCCACCAACCUGUGUUUCGACGUGGUGGAUACGGGCGCUGCCGCCCGGGCGUUGGUUGCGCGGGGCUGCAGCGUGCCGGUGCCCCCUGUUAGCGUGCGGGAUUCUCAGGGCACCGCCACCUAUGCCGUGGUCAGAUCACCUGUGGGCAACCUCAGCCUGACUCUGCUGGAGCGCGCCGGCUUCGGAGGGCCUUUCCUGCCGGGCUUCAGGCCUGUGCCCUGUGCAACCCGCCCAGGCUGGGUCAGCCACGUGGACCACCUGACCCUGGCCUGCACCUGUGGCAGCUCCCCCACAUUGAUGCGCUGGUUCCACGACUGCCUAGACUUUCGCCACCUGCCACUGAGCCCAGGUGAGGAUCCGGAGCUGGGCCUCGAGGUGACAGCAGGAUCUGGGCCAGGGGGACUGAAGCUCACCGCCCUGCAGACCACGCCAGGCAGCGCUGCCCCCACCCUUGUACUGGCUGAGUCCCUGCCAGGGGCUGCCAGUGGACAGGACCAGGUGGAGCAGUUCCUGGCCCGGCACAGGGGACCAGGACUGCAGCACGUGGGGCUGUACACGCCGAACAUAAUAGAAGCCACUGAACGGGUAGCAGUGGCGGGGGGCCAGCUCCUGGCUCCUCCUGAGGCAUACUACCAGCAGCCGGGCAAGGAAAGGCAAAUCCUAGCUGCUGGGCAUGAGCCUAGCCGGCUAGCCCGACAGGGGAUCCUGCUAGAUGGCGAUGAAGGCAAGUUUCUGCUUCAAGUCUUCACCAAGUCUCUCUUUCCAGAGGACACCUUCUUCCUGGAGCUGAUUCAGAGGCAGGGGGCGACAGGCUUUGGCCAGGGCAACAUCCGGGCCCUGUGGCAGUCGGUGCAGGAGGAGCAAGCCUCCAGGAACCAAGAAACCUGAGAAGGGUUGGGGCUGGGUUCACCCUCCUGUCCUGGAGCACAGGGCCUAUUGCAACGGAGAAACACCCAUGGAGGCUUGGAGUGGAGAGGGCUUUGUCCCCAGGGCCAUACCUGCCAGAACUUGAAUCUCUCACUGGGGUGCCAAAGAGGUGGGAUUUUAUUUUUUCUUUUAAACUAUGAAAUAUUCUUACAUAGUCUAUAACUAAUAUAUAUGCAAGAUAUAAAGAAUAAAGGAAUUACAUAAUUAGGAAACAGAAUA